AUGCCUGGCAAGAACGUCUCGCCUUGGUUGCAAGAGCCGCCGAAGAGGGAGCGCAAGGCGAGGUUCGCCGAGGACCCGCCUGCGGACGCGCCUGAGCUAUACCCGCCGCGCCAGGCGACCCCCCCGCCCGCCCCUAGGUUUGGCCUGGCCGGGGUCCAGCACAGGACUCGCCAGCUACAGUACCAAGGAACGCUCCGCGCGCGCACGCCGCCUGGCGCAUCCACCGUUCUCGCCGCCAUGGCAGCGGUGGACCCUGACGCCCCGCCGCCGGAGGAGAACGCGAGCCCGUACAACCUCGGCAGGACGCCGCCCCGAGGCGCAUCUCCCGCGCAGGACAGCGGAGGAUCGAGCAGCGGUCCCGAUGGCAGGCACGCCAGCCAGGCUUACACGGAAGAGGUCGCGCAGGCCCCGCGCACGCCGCCCUCCGACGGCCAUGACGUGCCGCUGCUGAACGAGGACCGCACGCGCAUCGCGCCCGCCGAGAUGGACAACAUGCCGCAGUACGAAGUGCUGGUCAAGGAGGGCGCGCAGCUCCCCGAGGUGGUGGAGCAGGAGCUCGCGGAGCUGGCGAACGCGCCGCUGCCCCGGCACGGCACGAUCCGGUUCGCCGCUGGCGACCUGGCCGGCACGGACGACGAGGACGAGGAGGCCCCGCGCGCGCUGAGCCGCGGGCGGACGUCGCGGAAGUCGGCGAAGCGCGUGACGAUGACGGAGGACGGCUCGCGGCACGGCGACCUCGAGGGCCAGCAGACGGCGACCCCGUCCGGCGCGCUGGGCGUGGUGAAGAAGAUCCAGACGCAGCGGCAGCUGGCGGUGGCGGGGCUGAACAAGCAGAGCACGCUCAGCCGGCGGUACGACCGGCAGGAGUUCGUGCAGCCGGACCUCGCGGCGGCGGAGGAGUUCCGCAACACGCGGCACCCGCGGUGGGUCAAGAUGGACGGGACCGACGAGGAGCUGCCCUUCAACCUGAACAAGCUGCAGCUGGUGUCCGUGUUCGGGCUCGGCGUGCUCUCGUGGUUCACCAUCCUGAAGCGCAUCGGCCGCGUCUUCGUCGUCAUGCUGCUGCUCUCGCUCCCCUGGGUGAUCUUCGCCAACAUCGCCGAGUACACCGACGAAGGGUCCGGGCGCCGCGUCCGGUUCUCCAAGACCGCGACCUACACCAUGUCCAGGGCCGUGCAAGCGAUGUCGUUCGGGACGUUCGGGCAGAUCUUCGGCGAGACGCCGCGGUUCAACUUCGAGCUCAAGAUGAAGGCCAACCCCGGCGGGCUGGAGAUGCGGCGCGAGUGGUUUUUGGUGCUGGUCAUGAUCAUCGACCUGGCGCUGUGCGUGAUCAUCUGGGUCACGGCCAUGGCGUACCGGAACUGGCUCGCGGUCUCCGGCAGCAAAUACGAGGACGUCUCGACGAUCAACAUGAGCGACUACGCCAUCAUGGUCCGCGGCCUGCCCCCGAUGGUGACCACCGAGGAGCUGAAGGACUUUUUCGAAAAGCUGUACGGGCGGGUGGUUGAGGUGUCGCUGGCGGCGAACGACACGUGGAUGCUCGGGCUGUACAAGAAUUGGUCGAACAUCGUCCUGUCGCUGAAGAGCGAGGUCGCACGGUGGUGCUGGAAGGGCACCGAGAACCCCAACAUCCAGAAGGUGAAGCACUUGGAAAUGAAGGCCUACCGAAUCAGCGACAAGAUCGAACGCAUCAGGGAGACGCGGAACUUCACGACGGUCGCGGCGUACGUGGUCUUCGACCGCUCGGAGUCGAUGUCGCGCUGCGUCAACGAGCUCGGCAAGCUCGGCUUCUGGGAAUGGGUGUACCGUACCACGAUCAUGCCGCGGCACAAGCGGCUGCGCGGGCGGCACGUCCUGCGCGUCAAGCGCGCCCCGAGCCCAGACGACAUCAUCUUCGAGAACCUCAAGUACAACCGCCGGGAGCGCAUUGUCCGGCAGCUCCUCGUGGGCCUCCUCGUCCUGGCCCUCAUCGUGGGCAACCUGCUGGUGGUCACGGCGCUGCGCUCCGAGUCCAAGCAGUACGCCAAGGACCAGGCGUCGCCGGAGAACUUCAUGUACGACGCCGUGGGCUUCAGCCCGCCGCCGGGCGUCAGCCCCUUCCAGGCGAUGCGCGAGCACUGCCAGCCCAAGCUGGACCUGUGCACGGCCGACAUCGCGGCGGACAAGUUCUCCAUCAACUACAGCAACCUCAUGAACGACAACCCGAACCUCGGCGUGUCCGCGGUCGAGAUCGCGGAGGAGUUCCGCGAGUGCUACCGGGGCGAGGAGUUCGGCGGCGACUGCAUCCAGCGGGCGCAGUGCUACACGUGCUACUGCGAGGGCCUCCUGCGGAAGAUGCGCGAGAGCAGCGUGGGGCUCAACUUCAUCCUGAACGUGUACGAGCAGUGCCCGGACUUCACGCGGAACCGCCCCGUGAUCACGCUGGUCAACCUGGCGGCCACGGCCUUCAUCGUGUCGAUCAACUGGCUCAUCCGGUGGGUCCUGCAGCGCGUGGUGCACUUCGAGAAGCACGCGAGCAUCUCCGAGUUCGAGGCCGCGAUCUGCUGGAAGGUGGCCAUCGCGCAGUUCCUCAACUCGGGCCUCAUGGAGCUGGUCAUCUCGGGGCGCAUCGCCUUCAUCGAGCGCAAGGCGCGCGACACCUUCUUCGAGGACCGCUUCCUCGCGGGGGACUACCUCGACCUCGACAGCGAGUGGUACGCGCAGAUCGGCUCCCAGCUGCACCUCACCGUCGUCCUCCUCAUCGCCGCCACCGUCAACAUCAAGCUCGUGCACUACUUCAUCCACCACUGGCGAAAGAAGAGCGCCGUCAAGAAGGCCACCGCGGACCCGCCGACCAUCAUCCAGGAGCGCCUCAACGAGGCCUACGUCGGGCCGGACUUCCGCCUCGCCGCGCGCGUGGCCGAGACCACCGUCGUGAUCAUGAUCAUCGUCGUCUACGGGCCCAUGAUGCCCAUGCUCUACGCGUUCGGCGCAAUCUACUGCUACAUCACGCGCAAGCUCGACCGCCACCAGCUGCUCCGGCUCUGUCGGCAGCCCGCGCGGUACGGCGCCAGGGUCGCGGAGAUCUCCAUGCGCCUCAUCUCCUACACCGUCCUGGUGCACCUGGCGCUCGCGUCGUGGGCGCACUCGUACUGGUUCGCGCCCUACAUGCAGGACCGCACCGCGAUCCGCCUGUUCCGCGACGAGAACAAGCCGGACCCCGACGAGGUGGUGACGCCCUCGGACUGGGCCGAGUACUACAAGCGGCUCACGCAGAUCAACGCGUUCCCGCUGCUGGCGUGCUUCGUGGCCUUCGUGGCCGGCGCGACGGUGCUGAACCCGCUCGUGCGGAUCGUGAAGAACGUCGUGUUCAAGUGGACCUGCGGGGAGCUGCUGGGGCUGCGCAAGCUGUGCUGCUGCUGCUGCGAGGAGGUGGAGGAGGAGCAGCAGAUCCCGCCGUUCACCAAGGUCGUGGGGACGAACAAGUUCUCCGGGCCCUUCACGUUCGCCGUCGUCAAGCAGGAGCGGUAUUUCAAGACGUUCGUUGCUGCGGGGAUCACGGCGGAGCAAGUGGGGCUCGGGGGACAGGCGCUGGCGCUCGGCACGUCCGGGCUGUCGCCGGCGUCGCGCACGUGGUACGACCACGAGCUGCACAGGCACCACAAGGCGCAGCUGAUCCGCCAGGGGCGCGCGAUAGCCACGCGCGCGCAGCUGCUCAAGGUGCCCAAGCCGCAGGAGAUGGACCCGGCGUUCAAGAACGCGAACAAGAACGUGGCCAAGGUCGUGCCGUCACCGCGAUGA